AUGGCGGCGCCGCCCGCGCCGGAGAGCAUCUACAACCUGCUGCCCCGCCUGGAAGAGAGGCCGCCCCGGCCGCCCAGGUAUGUAUCAACCUUUAGACCGUCAAUCAAACGUGAAAUAGAGAAAAGUAAAGCUCAGUGGAAAACAAUGGGACCAGCAAAAGUUGAAGUACCAUCUCCAAAAAACUUUCUGCAGAAACAUUCAAAGGAACCGAAGCUACCAGAGAGAAAGAAAGAACAGGAUAGUAGGAAAAUGCCUGCAUUAACCGUGCCGCGGAGGACAGAUCACCCACUUAUGGGAAUUCAAAGUAAAAAGAAUUUUAUAAAUGCAAAUGCUGUUGCUGCUAUCAUGGGGUUGGCUAAAAAGCCUCAGCCUAUUUAUGUCGACAGAAGGCAGGGAGACAAACACCUGCUUGAAACUUCGGGACUUGUUCCGAAAUACAUUAAAAAAAAGGAUUAUGGUAUUGUACCAAAAUAUGUAACACAGCGAAAUGAAGAAAUUAAGAGAGCUCAGAAAGAACAUGAGGCACAUGCCUUGGAAUCUCUCAAAAAAAGAGCCAUGAAACGGUUGUCUGACGAAGAAAGGGACAGUCUUCUGCAGGGUCUGAAAAAGAAUUGGGAAGAGGUUCAUCAUGAGUUCCAGUGUCUUUCUGUAGAUAUAGACACCAUACCCAAGAAGAUGCAUAAAGAAAAACUGGAAUCGCAGAUGAAACAACUGGAACAUGACAUAGAUGUCAUCGAAAAGCACAAAGUUAUCUACAUUGCAAAUGAGUAAGAACUAUUAAGUGCUUACUAUGAGUAGGGACUAUUUUGCAAGUAUUGCCUCUUUCUUCCUUUUCUCUUUCUAUAUCACUGCCUUUCCAAAA